AUGCAGCUGAACUACGGCCAGAAGGAGCCCACCACCCAUGGGAAUGAUCAUGGCAUCAUGUCCGUCUGGCGGCAGGGUAUCCUCGGUGAGGGCGUCACCGUGGCCGUGGUGGACGAUGGCAUUGAGCACACGCACGAGGACCUCAAGGCAGCCUACUAUCCCCAAAGCUCGUAUGACUUCAACGGCAAGGAUGCCGACCCCUUCCCCGGCGGGCAGUUCGACUACCAUGGGACCCGGUGCUCCGGGCAAAUUGCCUCGACCCCGAACAACCACAUGUGCGGGGCUGGCAUCGCGCCCAAGGCCCGUGUGGCGGCGCUGCGGCUGAUCAGCUCGCCCACCACCGACACCGAUGAGUCGCGUGCCCUGUCGUAUGCGCGGUCGGUGAAUUUCAUCUACAGCAACAGCUGGGGCCCGACCGAUGACGGCGCCACCAUGGAAGCCCCGGGGCCACUGGCCUCGCGUGCCCUCUGGGAGGGCGUGGCUUUUGGCCGCGAGCGCCGGGGAAGCAUCUUUGUCUUUGCCUCCGGCAAUGCGGCGCGCGUGGGCGACACAUGCGACUACGAUGGCUAUGCCAGCUCGUUGUAUGUGAUGGCCAUCGGGUCGAUCGGCGAGCAUGCCCGCACUGUUGCCUACACGGAGCCCUGCGCGUCGCUCUUUGCGGUGGCCUUUUCCUCGGGCGGUGGCGAUUCGAUCACCACCGUCGACCGGGACAACCGCUGUACGCGUAGUCACUCCGGCACAUCGGCCUCGGCCCCCUCGGUGGCGGGGAUCCUGGCGUUGCUGCUGUCGGCUCGGCCGGACUUGACAUACCGCGAUGUGCACCACCUGGUGGCCAAGACCGCGGUGGUGGUGGACGCCGAGCACGCCGCCUGGCAGGUCAAUGCCGCUGGGCUGCCUUUCUCCCGGCACCAUGGGUUUGGCCUGAUCCGGGCCGAUCGGCUGAUCGAGGCGGCGGCCUCCUGGCAGACGGUCGGCGGCUACGAGUACUCGAUCCCCUGGCUGACCAAGCCCCUGACUCUUGGGACCGCCAUCGGCACGGCGCAGACCGGCCACGCCAUGGAGUUCUCCUUCCACGUGCCGCGCGAGCCAGUCGAUGCCGACGGGUUCACCGUGCCAGAGCUCACCGAGCGGGUGGCGCUCUUGGUGGACUUGCGCCAUCCGCAGCGCGGGGCCGUGGCCGUGACUCUCACCUCGCCGGCCGGCACACGGGUGGUUAUGGCCUCCGGCCGGCCGGAUGACUGGAACCGUGAUGGCUUCCGGAACUGGACCUUCACCUCGGUCUUCUUCUGGGACGAGGACCCGCGCGGGGAAUGGCGGGUGCAAAUCCGCGACCUGGCUCCCCAGAGCAUGCCCCAGAUGCAGCGCCAGGUGGUCUGGUCGCAGAUGGCCAUCCAUGGGCGCAUGCGCGAGCCCACCAAGCCGCGCCAGCCGCCGGGCCGCGACUACACCGGUCCCCUGCGCCCGGGGUACAAUCUCGGCCUGGGCGGCGGCGAGGGUGGCGGCCCGGGCGGCGGCAGUGGUCCCCACCUGCCGGACGGCGGCCCGGGCGGCGGCGGCGGCAGUGCCGGCCCCGAUGACCGGCCCAUUCUCAGCAUCCCGGUGGCCCUGACCCUGGGAGUGGUGAUGGCCCUGGCCAUGGGGCUGCUGCUGCACCAUGGGUUCCGCGCGGCGCGCGAGUGGGUGUCCGGCCGCGGCCCGGCGGCCGAGGGGGGCUUCCACAGCCCGACUGACCCGCCGCCCCCGGGGCCGGGAACCGGUUCAUCCAGGCGAAAGCGUCGCCCUGGCGCCGGCCGCCCUGGCCGGCCGAAUGAUCUCCAAGAGGCAGGCCAUGUGGCCGGCGGCAGCCCCGGCGGCAUCGACCCCCGCUUCGACCUGGACAACGAUGACUAUGAUGAUGAUGAUGAUGAUGAUGAGGAUGAUGGCGGCUACGACUCGGACGGGGCCUUUGCCUUCGGCCGGGUGGCGGGUGGCGGUUCGCGCCGGGCGGCCGGCCCGGGCGGCGGCAUCCCCGCUUCCGCCUCCAAGACCGGGCUCCUGCUGGGGAAGCUGACUGGCGGCGGUGGCCCCGGUGGGGCUGGUGCGGCGGUUUCCCCGAGUGGCGGCCCCGCCGGCAUCGGCGAGGACUACGAGAUGGAGGAUCUGUCCUCGGCGUCCUCCAGCGGCCUUGGUGGCCCCUCGCAGCACUCGUACCAGCCGCCCGGCCAUCCUGCCGCCGGGGCGGCCUCUUCGGCUGGCCCCGCGACAGAUGUCGAGGCGAUUCUCGGCUCCGGCGGGCGUCUGGCCCCGCCGCCAAGCGCAUCCGCUGCCAGUGGUGGUGGUGGUGGUGGUGCGACGCAGCACAAGACGCGGGCGACGGCUUCCGCCGGGGGAGGCUCCAGUGGCGGCCAUGUUGGCAUGGGGGGAGGCCCCGGUGCCCAUCCCCGAAUGGACAUCCUGGCUGCCGGCUCCAGCACCAGCCCCCCGACGAAUGUCCCGCGGAUUUACUUCAUCGGCACUGGUGGCAGCAGCAGCACCGGCGGACCAGGGCCGGACGCCCAACCGUCGCCGGUCACCCCGUCCUCCAUCGGCGGGGGCGCCACCGGCACCCCGGAGCACGACCUGUCAUCCUCCCUGCUGCUGGUGGCAGGCGGCACGCGCGGCGGGUCAGCCGCCGCCAGCCCCGGCCUCUUUGCCAUUCCCCGGCCGCCGAGCGCCACCACCGCGACCACUGCCAGCAGUCCAUUGGUGGGAGCCGACCUGCGCCAGCGAGCAAACGUCGACAACUCGUGCAACGGCACCCUCAACCUUCUUAGCCUCGAUUAGAGCCGGCAAAAGG